CGCCGCGCGCCACCUCACCUGCCGAUCGCUCCCCGAGCGGCCAGGGGGCCCCGCGGAGGGGCCGCGCGGGCGCCGGCGCCCCUGGACUCUCCCGCCCGCCGCGGCAGCCCCGCCGGCGCAACUUUCCCUAGAUUCCUGCCGCCCAGCCCGGCACCCGGGGCUGCCGCCGCCUCGGCCGCCGCCGCCGCCUCACAAAGGGGCGCGGGGAGGGGAGGCGGCGCGGGCGGCGGGCACAGGCGCCGGGGCGCAGGGCGCGGGCCUCGGGCCGCCGGGGCCGGGAGACAAAAGGGGAACUGCCUCUGUCGGCCGUGCGGCUCGGAGCCGCCGGCUCGUCCGCCUCCCGCCCGGCUCCGCGAGCCUCCUGCUCCCCCCUCCCGGGGGCUGUCCCCGCAGAGCUCCGGGGCGCGCGUGUGUGGUUGUCGGGGCUCCAGCGAUAAUAAAUGAUAGAGGAUACGAUGACUUUGCUGUCUUUGCUGGGUCGCAUCAUGCGCUACUUCUUGCUGAGACCCGAGACGCUCUUCCUGCUGUGCAUCAGCUUGGCGCUGUGGAGUUACUUCUUCCACACGGACGAGGUGAAGACCAUCGUCAAGUCCAGCCGGGACGCCGUGAAGAUGGUGAAGGGCAAGGUGGCCGAGAUCAUGCAGAACGAUCGGCUCGGGGGGCUCGACGUGCUGGAGGCCGAGUUUUCCAAGACCUGGGAGUUCAAGAGCCACAACGUGGCGGUGUAUUCCAUCCAGGGCCGGAGAGACCACAUGGAGGACCGCUUCGAAGUUCUCACGGACCUGGCCAACAAGACGCACCCGUCCAUCUUCGGGAUCUUCGAUGGGCACGGGGGCGAGACUGCCGCUGAAUAUGUAAAAUCUCGACUCCCAGAGGCCCUUAAACAGCAUCUUCAGGACUACGAGAAGGACAAAGAAAAUAGUGUAUUGUCUUACCAGACCAUCCUUGAACAGCAGAUUCUGUCAAUUGACCGAGAAAUGCUAGAAAAAUUGACUGUAUCCUAUGAUGAAGCAGGUACAACAUGUUUGAUUGCUCUCCUAUCAGAUAAAGACCUCACCGUGGCCAACGUGGGUGACUCAAGAGGGGUCCUAUGUGACAAGGACGGGAACGCCAUUCCUUUGUCUCACGAUCACAAGCCUUACCAACUGAAGGAAAGAAAGAGGAUCAAGAGAGCUGGUGGUUUCAUCAGUUUCAAUGGCUCCUGGAGGGUCCAGGGAAUCCUGGCCAUGUCUCGCUCCCUGGGGGAUUAUCCACUGAAAAAUCUCAAUGUGGUCAUCCCAGACCCAGAUAUCCUGACCUUUGACCUGGACAAGCUCCAGCCCGAGUUCAUGAUCUUGGCGUCAGAUGGCCUCUGGGAUGCUUUCAGCAAUGAAGAAGCUGUCCGAUUCAUCAAGGAGCGCUUGGAUGAACCUCACUUUGGGGCCAAGAGCAUAGUUUUACAGUCAUUUUACAGAGGCUGCCCUGACAAUAUAACAGUCAUGGUGGUGAAGUUCAGGAAUAGCAGCAAAACAGAAGAGCAGUGAGCCCUUCAGGGUCUCAGCUGCCUUAGACUAAAGGACUUUCAACACACUGGUCUCUUUUAAUGUAGUGAAAGGUGUGGGAGUUGCAUUAGGGUCAUCCAUCCCGGACACGGGAUCCCCUCCCUGGCAGUCUUAGGUCUGUACGCAGUGAUAGACAGAGGGUGCUCUUGGCCAACGUAGUUGAGAGGCUGGAAAACGGUUUCUUCAUAUUUCCCAACUCUUUCAUCCAAUGUUUCAAAUAUAUAAAUAUCUAGCUGUAGAUUCACAUGUAUGACGUGAACGGCAUAUGUGCCAUAUAGUCUCCCUUUUAAGAUUCUCUUCAAGACCCUUGCGGCUCCCUCCGGGCAUCCGACUUUGUAUCCUCUCUUUGGGGCGGUGAGCAGGGCAGGCUCCCGAAGCGGCGGGGGCCAGGCCGCAGGUCACCUGUGAGUCGGGGCAUGUGGCCACGCCCUUGCCAAGGGCAGCUGUCUGAGGAUGCUUUGUCCUCCUGAGCCCAGGAUUUCUGCUCAGCAGCGGCCCAGACACAGAUUUGGGAUGGUUUAUUAUUCCGCGCCUGCUGUUGGAGACUGAGGGAAGUGGGGAGGAUGAGAGCCGCCUGCACAGCAGAAAUAACCUUUUUCCCUCCCUCCCUUUAUUAGUUAAAUAGACUUUGUGUACCUAACCCGACCAGUCUUUGUGCGUUUGUCCUAACUGUGCAUGACCUUAACCUUUGGCUUACCCUUACCUUAUGGACUAGGCUGCUCUUAACUUCACCAGCACCACGGGACACCAUGGUUUUUGUCUUUCAUCACCAAGAAACCUCUUAGGGGACGCGAAAAAAGCAAAUCACUGUACCACAAUUCCUUCCCUCUCUAAGGGCAGAUAGAGGAAAAUAAUGGCUGAAUGAGUCACAGUGCCCCUUGGGAAGUCUGCUGUUCGCACUGGGAGAGAGCUGGUGAGGUGACCCCCUUGCAGUGAGCUCCAGCUGCCAGUUUUUGUGCAGGUUUUUUUUCUCUCCUAUUCCAGUAGUUUUCAAGUGUCUUUCAAGCAGUCUUCUGAGGAGCUGCAGCCUGGAACUGCAUGUGUGUUCCUUGAAGCCGAGUACAGAGUUCCCAGUGCAGUUUGGAAUUUAGUGGUGAGCUACUGGGAUGUGCUUCUCCUGGACGAUAGACAGGCAGCAGCCUUCGACUUUUGGUUGCAAAUGACCGUCUGUACCAGGUAGCUUUCCCCAGGCAAACGCGAGCUGCCCUACACUGCCUGCCCUGCGUUCAGUGCAGCAAAGCUGGUUGGGGACUCAAGCUUGAACCUGUAUUGUUAAGCUGCCGGAGUUAUUUUGGGGCCAGGCUUGCUGUUCUCCAUUUCCUAUCACCAAAGUCAUGUUUUCAAUCUUAGUAUUUUAUAAGUUAAUUGACAGAAAUGCUGGGUCAUCCUGUUUGGCUGACUGAGAUAGCUCAAACAGCCAAAUAAGAUUUCCUUUGCAUUCCCAUCCUCUGUGUCUGACAUGCCAGGGUAUCCUGGUUUUGUUCUUUUUGAGUGGGCAUUUGUUGUUAUACUUUCUCGAAGGCCCCAUUUACUGGCCACCUCUUGCCCACAGUGCCCCUCCCCUGCCCUCCUUCAGCUGUGGAGCUUUCCAGAAGCAGCUUCCAGGAGAGCACUCUAGAGGAUGAAAAGAUUCUGUUGUGGCUACCAAGGACUGUUAGAUUCCUCCAAGCACUAACCUUUUCUUUGAUUGCAAUGAGAAUUAAUAAUGACUUCCCAAGAGAUUUGCUUACUUUUGUAAACUGUAACAUUAGAAUUUCCAAUAUUAGAACCCUGGUUAUUUUUUUAGCCAUAGAAUAUUCUAGUACAAGAUAUCUGCCGCCAUUUUAGAUUGAAGUGUUUGCCUAUUGAAAGACACUGAACGUUUGGAUGUGUGCAUUUGGG